GAGCAAAAGCCCAGGGGCUUCUACUACAACGCCGAAAAGGGUCGUUGGAUGGAACAUGGAGUGGAGGAGACGAGUCGCUGUGGCACUGUCACGCGCAAUGUAAAACCCGCUUUGUUUGAGGAGAAGGAUCAGGAGGAUGUCUCGGAGUAUGAUCCCAUGACUGGCAAAAAGAUCACCAAG